AUGGGGACCCUCUACGAGGCCCUCCCGGGCCCCGUUAAGGCCUUCUUCCUCGGCGUCUCCGUCCUCGCGCAGGCGCAGAUCGGGCUCCCCGGGCUGGUCUACCUCCUCGGCCGCGCCACCCUCCCAACAGCGGCCGCCGCCCCCGACGAGGCCGCGGCGAGGACGGGCCUCUUCCGGGAGGCCUAUCGCGCCCUCACCACGGCCCUCCCCGGCCCUGAGUCCGCCCCCCCUUUUCCCUCACCUCUCAGGCCCGGACCGCAUUCGGGCCCGGAAGGGGGGUCGUGGGUGGAGCACGUGGUCCGGAUCGCCGCCGUGGUGGAGUUGAUCGUGGAGCGGCGCGAGGGGCAGCUCCGCCGUCGCACCGAGGAGGCCAUGAGGGAGAUUUAUCGACAAGCCCACGCCGAGCAGACCGAGCUCGCACGCGCCGCGCAAACGACGGAGUGGAAGGCGAUGAUCACGGAGGCGGUGGAGGAGGUCUCCGCGCGGCAUGAACAGGCCACCUCACACCUCGUAAAGUCGCUCACCACGAUGGUCGGGGAGUGGUCGCCGGAGAAGCUCUUCGACGCCGUAGAGGCGCUCCUAAAAGAACGUGUGAACCCGCUCCGGGGGGAUCUUCAGCAGCUUAUCGAGUUCUCAGAGACGCUCGGGGAGAGAUUGGGGCAAAUUAAUGUCCAUUUGCCGGCUAUCAAGAAGGACCUCCUUGAGGUUCGCGCGCAAAUCGAAAGUCUGAUUCAAAACUCUGGCUCUGCCCUUUUCUCAGAAGACCCGUCAUCUUCAGAAAGUUUACCUCAGAAAACUGAGCAAGUGGUGCAGGAGCUGGCCAGAGUUUUACAAGAUAUCAAAAGCAUGAUGGCACAAUGGGAUGUUUCGGCGCCUGAAAUGAGUAAUGCUGCUACCCAUUCGCAGCAUGAAUCAACAUCCCAAAUCACCAAAAUACUGGAUACAGUUGAUAAGAUUCACAAUCAAAUGAAAUCGGGCGAUACUGAAAGUGUAGAAAAUUCGAACAAAUACAGCACCCUAAUUUCCGACGACGAAGUCGUUGAAGCAGUCACGCAGAUAAAGCAACUAAACGUUCCACUUCUAUUGGAACGCUUUGAGAAUGCUUUAGCUCGCGUGCACACUACGCCAACCCUUGCGGAAUCUUCUGCAAGGGAUCUGGAUACCAUAAACGUUGUAACCUCAAAGAAUGAUAAACUGAAUGACGGUGAUUCUCCUUUAUCAUCGGAGGUGGGAACCCCGUCCACGCCUUUGGAAGUGGACCGCAUUGCAAAGGAUGUUUUCCGACAACUGAAGGACUAUUUAAUCAAAUCCGAGGUCCAACGGACUGUACGGCAGCGUAAUGUGCUUGCACGAAUACAGCGGCAACAGCGCAAUCGACUACAACGCGAGAAGUCCGAAUAG